AUGUCGUUUGAAUUCGCACCGCUCAGCGCCUCGCAAGCCUCGCGCUCCAUGCGCCUGCUCCUCGCGCGCAUGCCUACCAAACCCCCCAUGCCCGGAAUGGAUCUGCCGGACAUCAAGACCAAGACGGUCCUCACAGACGCACAGCAGAAGAUCGAAGUGACGUACAAGAACAAGCAGACGCUCGUGCUCGACCAUAUGGCUUCCGAGGCGAAGCUGUCGGAUUUGGUAAAAAAGAUCGAGGAGCCAGCACGAGCUCUCCGACUCAAGGAGGAGGGUCUUUGA